ACCGGGAGCUACCCGCUUGAGCUCGGCGCCGUUCCUGUUAAUAGUUCUCUUUAUUUACACAUCCAUUAGGGGUGAGGGUAGAUAUUUCCCACAGCACGUGAAGGCAGCUUGCAGUGAGUUUGCAUAUUUCCCACAGCACAUGAAGGCAGCAGCGGCAGUAACGCGGGGAAAGAGAAACAAUCAUGGCUGAAACGGUAUCCAACAGUGAGACGCAGCCGGCCGUGAAGCCGCCGCCCAAACGCCGACGCCUCGACCCGUCAGCCGUCGUCCCGGUGCCGGUUUACUCCAACAAGGUCAACAGCAGUCUGCAUCUGAGGCCGAUGGCUCCUGUGUUCACUGAAAACAAAAACACAGACGACGGUGCCGACGACAGUUUGUCGCAGUUUUUUUCAUCUCGAGGAACGAAAGCGGCCGACAUCUGUGACGUCCUCCUCAGUGAGUCGGAGGAGGACGAAGCUGAGCGCGUCCACAACAAACCAGAGGAUGGCGAAAAGAAAAAGGAGCCGGAAGUGAUUCGCUGCCCGUCUCCUCCUCCACCAGAGAGUCCCGUCCAGAAACCGUCCAGACACGUCAAACAGACCAUCAGUGAGAUCGACAGGAAGUUGCGGGCGGUGAACUCCCUCAUCUCUCCGGAGCCUCGGGGCAGGAGGGCCAGAAGCCGUCGAGGCCUCUCGUCCGCACCGUUUGACGAGCAGCGAGAAGAUGACGACGACAUCGUCAUCAUGAACCCUAACGACGACGAGGACGAUGACGACGAUGAUGUCAUCGUCAUAAACCCUCACUCGGGGUCCCAGGAUUCGCCGUACAGCUCUUUAGUCCGGGAGAUCCCCCUCAAGAUCCGCUGCCGAACGGUCGUCCACAAGAUCCCGGUGCUGUCGUCGACGCUUCUAAGCGACGUCGUGAGCAAGCUGUCCGUCAUUCUUAAAGUCCCGCCCCCUCGCCUGCUGUUACUGAGGGAGGAAGUGGAGCUGCCGACAGACUCCACCGUCAGCGAGCUCGGCCUCGGCAUCGCAGACAUUAUAGAGUGCGUCACCAUGGCAGCGGAGGAUAAAAGCAGCGCCGUCGACAGCAGCGGCAGCAUCAUCACUGUGCGUCUGCAGGGGAAAGACAGAGACUCCACGCAGGAGUUCUCUCUGCACAGAGACGCAGCACUGGGCUCCAUCUUCUCCCAGUAUCUGUCCAAGAUGUCCGCCGGCGCCACGAGAAACGUCAGCUUUCAGUUCGACGGCGCCAAAGUGACGCACGGCCAGACGCCGGCUCAGCUGGACAUGGAGGACGGCGACAUCAUCGAAGUCUGGAUGUGACCCGUCGGAUUCAUUUCACUCCUUCUAGUCAGUUUGUUAAAGAAAAGAGACAAAAGUUUGAUCGUUCAGUUACUUUAUUUGUAAAAGUCACUUUAUUUAUUACAAUUAAUAAAAAGUAAAACAACAGUUCAGAGUAGAAACUAUAUUUUUAAACACUAUUAGAAAUGAAAUUUUUAAAAAAAACCAACCCGUUGUACAGUUGUAAUCCUGUUUGUUCUCGUGACUGUAUAAUAGAUUCUGUUCUUUUCUUUUUGUACGUGUUCGUUUUUAUUGUUGUUGACGAUAAUAAAAGAAGUUACAUAUUCAAAUA